AUGGUCAACACGCCAGAGGCCCAGCCGGCUUCCCCUCCUGCCGCGACCUCACCCCCGGUGCCGGCCGCGGAGCCCGCGACAACGGCCUCACCCCAGAGCCCACAGCGUAGCUCACCACCGACCAACCCUCCCGCUGCAGUUGCGGAGUCGGACGCAUUGGAGGCGGAGGACCCGGUGACUGAAACGGAUGAGGGCGCUUCCAUCGAUGACCAAAUCUCCUCGUACACGGCUUCGCUGGCAUCGAGCGCCGUGGACUAUCCCAUUGAGUUCGGUCGUCGCUACCAUGCCUUCCGACCCGGAGCUUACUUCCUGCCAAACGACGAUACUGAGAUGGACCGCCUGGAUAUGUCUCAUGACCUUACACUGAGGAUGCUGGGAUACAAGCUAUACUUGGCGCCGAUUGAGAAAGAGAAAGUCAACAGGAUCCUUGACAUUGGAACUGGUACCGGAAUUUGGGCCAUGGAGAUGGGUGACCUCUUUCCUAAUGCGGAGGUUUAUGGAAACGAUUUGAGUGCUAUCCAGCCGGAAUGGGUUCCUCCAAACGUCAAGUUUGAGAUCGACGACGUCGAGAGCGACUGGAUCGGUGAUAGGAAGUACGACUUUAUCUUCUGCCGCUACAUGAUCGGCUCGAUCGCCGACUACCCGAAACUGAUCAAGAAUGUCUACGACAACCUCAACCCCGGAGGUUGGGCAGAGUUCUCAGACAUGAGCGGCAAGUACUACUCGCCAGAUGGCACUCUCAAGAAAGAACACGCCACCUUCAAAUGGAACGAUAUGCUCAUGGACACCAUCGCGUCCAUGGGCCGCGAGGCCCGUCCGGGUCCCCAGCUGGAGGGAUGGGUCCGCGAAGCCGCGAAUUUCCAAAACAUUACUCACAGAAAGUUCAUCCUUCCCAUCGGCCCUUGGCCAAAGGACCCGCACUACCGGGAGUUGGGGCUGGUCAACUUGACCCAGAUUUUGGAAGGACUUGACGGUUUCUCCAUGAGGGCGUUUUGUGGCGUGCUAGGCUGGACAAAGGUUGAGGCUGAGGUCCUGCUUGCCCAGGUACGGAAGGAGUUGAAGGCGGUCCACACCUUCCAUGCUCAAUUUGACAUCCAUAAUGUGGUGGCUCAGAAGCCUUUUGAGGAAGAUUCUUGA